AUGGAGGCUUACUACAGAAUCAGGAGACGCUCUCUUGGUGAUCUUUCUGAUGAGGAACUGCUUCUGCCUGUUAGAGAGUACUUGUCAAUGAAGAGAACAGAGGAAGAAAGACUUAAACUAGAGGAUGAACUUGAAUUAGGCUAUUCUGCUUCUCCACCAAGUCUUAGCCCUGUACGCUUUGAACUCUCUGCACUGCGUCACCCGUCACCUAAGAAAGCUGCAUAUGAUGAGGAGCAAGGGGAAGAAGUUCCAUCCUAUGACUCCUAUCGCAUUCCAUCUAAAUAUGAGGCUGGUCCAAGCUAUAUUGACUUACGCCAGCGUCACGAUAGGGCAACAUACAGACCUCCAAGACAAAAGCAAAGAUUAUAUGAGGAAAAAGAGGAUCAAGAACUGCUUAGGUCAGUAACAACAACCACAAAGUUAACGUCCUACAAGAGCAAACUGCAGCACAUUGAGUUUGAGGAGAAAACAAAGGUCAAAAGAAAGGAGAAAACAAGGGUGUCUAUGUCAGCAGUAACUGAGGCUGCAGUCAUAACUGAUAUGCCUACAACAUUUGUUCCUGGCUAUGCUACAGCAACUCGUCCUAAGAAACCUUCUGCAUCUCUGGCAGAAAAAGAAGUGGUUAGAACACCUUCACCUGAAAAGACACGCCCACGUUCCCCCAGCUUUGAGAAAGCAGACACUACACCAGACUUAUCAACAAAAAUUGAUUAUAUGUCAAGGUAUGAGUCAAGAAAGAAGGCCUUGAAAACUGAAAGAAAGUUCGAAAUUGUGACCCAGGAGCCUUUUACCCUUGACCAUGCUCCAAGAGUGACUGUAAGAAUGCGCUCUCACCGUGUGCCAAUUGGUCAGAACACUAAAUUCACACUGAAUGUCCAAUCUAAGCCAGAAGCACAGAUUAAAUGGUACCACAAUGGAGUUCAAAUUGAAGAAAGCAGAAAAUACCGUAUGUUUAACAUGAGUGGCGUUUUGUCUCUUCAAAUCAUUGAUUGUCAGGAAGAGGACAGUGGCACCUACCGUGUCGUCUGCACAAAUGCAAAGGGAGAGGCCUCUGACUAUGCCACUCUCGAUGUUGCUGGAGCCACCAACUCCUUUGUCCCUGAGAUGACAAAAACAGAUGUUUAUCAUGUUUCAUCUACAAAAGCAGCAUCUGUAUCAGAAACACAAGUGGAAGUAUCCGAAACUAAAACAGACAAGAUAGAAGAGACAAUUAAGACUGUUGUUCAGGAGAAGCAAGUAACAUCUGAAAUCAAACUUGAAACUAUGGAAGUGACAGCAGUUGAGGAUGUUGUGGUAGAAAAAAUUUCUGAGACUAAACUUGAAUCUACAGAAGUGAAAACAUUCGUGGAAGAAGUGGUUGAGGAAAAGAAGUCAACUCUCCCAGCCACAAUUUUGACUAAACCACAAUCACUAACAGUGUCUGAGGGAGAAUCAGUUAAAUUCACAUGUGACGUUGAUGGUGACCCUGCACCCACUAUAACAUGGAUGCGAGAGGCACAAGUAAUUGAGUCAUCUCAUCGUCACCAUAUUACCUCAACUGAAUUUAAAUCAACUUUUGAGAUUACCCAAGUUGAAAUGUCAGAUGGAGGUAAUUACACUGUAGUGGUACAGAACUCUGAAGGUAAACAGGAGGCACAGUUCAGCCUAACUGUUCGUAAACCAACACCUGUACAGAAAGUUGUUGCUUCUCCUCCUAGAGUGAAAUCUCCAGAGUCUCCCCGUAUAAAGUCACCAUUUGGAAUUAGGUCUCCACAGAGAAUUAAAUCACCUGAACCAAUUAAAUCUCCACAAAGAGUUAAGUCCCCACCCAUGGUAAAAUCACCUACUCCUAAAGAAAAAACAUCCAAGCCAACCUUUUCAACUGAACUCAAAGACAUCUCAGCAUCUGCAGAUACUAUUAUAAAGCUUACAGUGAAAAUGUGCGGUGAGCCUAAGCCAUCAAUCUCUUGGAUGAAAGAUGGAAAAAACCUCUCUCAAGGUGGAAAAUAUGAAAUCUUUGAAGAACAUGGUUCAGCACAUCUUGAAAUCUAUGAAGCUGAUGUCUCUGAUAGUGGAGUAUACACAUGUACAGCCAGAAACAGUGCUGGAUUUGUUACUACAAACUGCACAGUUACUGUUCAAGCACGGACAACAACAGUUGCAGUGGAAAGAAAAGCAGAGUUGACAGAGCAAAUAGUGAAAAAGGAGAUUGCCUAUGAGGAAGUACAGUCCUUUACAGAAAUGAAAGCAUCAAAAACCCAAAUGACGAUGAGUCAAGGUCAGACUAUUACACUACGAGCCAGCAUACCUGAAGCCUCCGAUGUCAAAUGGAUCCUAAAUGGAGUCGAGUUAUCGAAUUCUGAGAACUACAGAUACGGUGUGUCAGGAAAUGAUCACACCCUGACAAUUAAAAGCAUCAGCCAUCAUGACCAGGGAAUUCUCACAUGUGAGGCCAAAACUGAACAUGGUGUAGUCAAAUGCCAGUUUGACACGACCGUCAGUGCUAUGCGCUCAAAUGCACCAAGUUUCCAUGUGCAACCACAUUCCCAGAAUGUAAACGAGGGACAAAAUGUCACAUUUACAUGUGAAAUCACUGGUGAACCUUCUCCUGAAAUUGAGUGGCUCAAGGAUAAUUCAACAAUAUCUAUUACAUCGAACAUGAAAUUGAGCCGGUCUAAGAAUGAGUACACACUUGAGAUUCACAACGCUACCAUUGAAGACAGUGGAAAAUACACAGUAAAAGCAAAGAACAAAUUUGGACAGUGCUCUGCAACAGCAUCACUGAAUGUCCUCACUCUGGUUGAGGAACCUGCCAAAAUGAUAAUUGUGGAGAAGGCCUCUGAUGUUGCGAGCAUGCAGGGCAGUUAUUCUGCCAAGCAUGUGGUUUCAAAAUUGCAAGAGACAUCCUUCAGCGGUUCCAGCAUGGCUGAAGUUAAAUUUGAGAGCAUGUCAGCGUCUAGCAUGACCUCCAUGACUUCUGAAAGAAUGAUAGCUAUGAGCUCCAGCAGUAUGAUGGCAAUGUCCAGUCACUCGCAUGUUGAGGGGUCAUCCAUCAAAGCCAUUUCUCAUGGCCGCAAAGGUAUACCACCAAAGAUUGAGGCUGCUCCUCAAGAUAUCAGUAUUGAGUCAGGAAAGGUCCUGACUGUAGCCUGUGCUUUCACUGGAGACCCAACCCCUUGCACAGAAUGGUCACAUUCAGGGAAGACACUGCCCAGCAAGGAGGAGAGUGGACGAUUGCAGAUUGAGACUUCUCAAGAUGUCACCACUCUUGUUAUCAGUGGAGUGAAAGAGACUGAUGCUGGUGCAUACACCUUAAAGCUUUUUAACGAGUUUGGUUUUGAUACCACUACUGUCAAUGUCAGGAUUCGAUCAAUGUAAAAAAAAAAAAAAAAAAAAAAAAAAAAAAAAAUUAUAUAAUAGCAAUACAAUCAUCACCCCAUUUCCCUCAUUCAAAUCCUUUUUAUUUAUAGAAUGAGAAAAAAAUACUGUUCUUGAUAAAGACCUGAAUUUCUGUUCUUGUAAAUAUGAACUUUUUCUUUUUUUAACCAAACUUGACAUUCAUUUAUGCCAAACUAGACUAAAGUCUAAAGUUGUUAUAAAAUGUGCCAUAUUGGAUAAUUAUGAUCAGAAGUUCAGCACCAUUUUGUGACAUGUACAUAAUGUAUAUAGCCGAAUUUACCGGUUAUGGAAAAUGUAUGAAUUGUUAUUUAUGACAAUAUUAACAAAUGAAACAAAAGGAACUAAAUGUUUAACAGGAGAAAGUUUCACAUGGAACGAAUACCCUGUUAAACCUGAAACGAAACGAAACUAUGUGCCUCAACAAAAAGUUGAAGUCUUAAGAUUGCCUCAACAGGUAGAGAGGCUCCCUGUUGAAGUUAACUAAAAUCAGAGAGACAAAGAUAUGCACUGCACAUUUGUGCGUGCAGUAAAGCAGUAUACAAGAAUUUAUGAUUUGAACAUAAGACCUUGAGUGCUGUUUGCAUUACCCUCAUGUAAGCAGGAUGACUAGGCCUUGUGUUCAGACUGAUUAAGUCAUACCACCAUUUUAAUGACAAGCUCAAUGUGCGAGCGGCCUGCACAAUGAGUAAAUGAUGAUGUUAGUGCACAGUUUCUGGCAAUGGACUGUUUGAAUUUUGAUUUUAUGAAAGUAACAUCACCUGGCCAUUCAUUGUAAAAUCAAUUCAAGUGCUUCUUUGCAGAAGCUGUGCCAACUCUUGGAGGAUUGCUAAGUUAUAUUUUGUGUGUUUGUGUGUGUGCUAGCAUUAGAAUCUCACUUUGUCAGCAGCCAGGGUAUCCAUCAUGUAACCACAGAGACUUCAUGUGCUGUGCAAAGAAAAGAAAAAUACAUGGAUGUAAUACCCUGCACAUUGAUUUAUUAGAACUAAUUUAUGUAGGUUUACCCAUAUAUUCAGCCUCCUUGAGUUUUAUGAAUUACUGAUUUAAUAAAGCAUGUUUUCAGCACCAUAAAA